GGGGUUUUUUUCCCCCCUCUCCCUCCCUCUCUCUCUCUCUCUUUCCCUCUCUCUCUCUCUCUCUCUCUCUGUGUCUCUCACCCCCUUCCCCUCGCCGCGCGCGCUCCGCCGACCGGGCAGCGCAGACCGAGCGAGCGGGGCCCGCGGCGCUGCCGUGCCCAGCCAUGGACAAUCAGUGCACAGUGCAAGUCAAACUGGAGCUGGGGCACCGAGCCCAACUGAGGAAGAAGCCCACCACGGAGGGGUUCACCCAUGACUGGAUGGUGUUUGUCCGUGGCCCCGAGCAGUGUGACAUCCAGCAUUUUGUGGAACGCGUGGUCUUUCGGCUGCAUGAGAGCUUCCCAAAGCCCAAGCGAGUGUGCAAGGAGCCCCCCUACAAGGUGGAGGAGUCUGGCUACGCUGGCUUCAUUAUGCCCAUUGAAGUGCACUUCAAAAAUAAGGAGGAGCCGAAAAAGGUUUGUUUCACGUAUGACCUGUUCCUAAAUUUGGAGGGAAACCCACCUGUGAACCAUCUUCGUUGUGAGAAACUGACUUUCAACAACCCCACCAAGGAAUUCAGGCGCAAACUCAUUAGGGCUGGAGGGGUAAUGGUAAUGCCAGAAGGAGCAGAAACUGUUUCAAGGCCAAGUCCCGACUAUCCAAUGUUACCCACGAUACCUCUCUCUGCCUUCUCUGAUCCCAAGAAGACCAAACCCUCCCAUGGCUCAAAGGAGGCAAACAAGGAAAGCAGCAAAGCAUCCAAGCCACACAAAGUCACCAAGGAGCACAGAGAGAGGCCCAGGAAAGACUCUGAGAGCAAAAACUCUUCCAAAGACCUUGAGAGAGAACAAAACAAGCCUUUGAAGGACUCCUCCAGAAAACCAACUGAGAACAAACUGCCUAAGGAGGAGAAGGCACCUCCAAAAGCUGCUUUCAAGGAACCAAAACUGGCCGUGAAGGAGACCAAACUGGAGAACACUUCCCCAAAGGGGGGGCCACAGCCGGAGUUAAAGUCUUCCAGCAAGAGGCCCUCCAACGUGGAGUCACCAAAGCCUAGUGCCAAAAAACAAAAAAAGAGUAGCUCCAAAGGGGUGAAGAACAUCCUGGGGACGUCUCCCAGAACCUCGUCUUCCUCAUAUCCAGAGAAGAAACAAACCAAGGAGAAGAUGAAUGCCAAAGUGGAGAAGGUAAAAUCCGAGAGCGAGGCCAAGGAGAUCAAAAAGCCUGUGGAAAUGGAGGAGUCAAAUUCAGAGGAUGAAACUUCUUUCAAGUCAGAGGGGGUAAAGUCUGUCCAGUCCAGCCCUUCCAACUCCAGCUCCAGCUCCGACUCCAGCUCUGACUCUGAUUUCGAGCCAUCUCAGAACCACAGUCAAGGCCCCCUGCGCUCCAUGGUGGAGGAUCUGCAGUCGGAGGAGUCGGAUGAUGAUGACAGUUCCUCUGGGGAGGAGGCAGCAGUCAAAGCAAACCCAGUCAGCCGGGAUUCCAGACUGAGCCUCAGUGACAGUGACAGCGACAACAGCGCCGACUCCUGCCCGCCCAGCCGAGAGCCGCCCCCCGGGCAGAAGCUGCCCCCAGCAAACAACAAGGCAUCUGGAAGGAAAAGCCCAGAGUCUUGUAACAAGACAGAGAAGAUCCUGAAGAAGGGAACGUAUGACAAGGCCUACACAGAUGAGCUGGUGGAGCUCCACAGGCGACUCAUGGCACUCCGGGAGCGCAACGUGCUACAGCAGAUUGUGAAUCUCAUUGAGGAAACCGGGCAUUUCAACGUCACCAACACAACCUUUGACUUUGACCUCUUCUCCCUGGAUGAGACGACCGUCCGCAAGCUGCAGAGCUACCUGGAGGCGGUGGCCACAUGACGCUUGGCCUGAGGGAAGCAGGCUGCUCUGAAACCAGAAACCCCCUUCAUUGGUACCAGGAAAACCCAUGGAACUAGGCCUUCUUAUCCUCCUGCCUCCCCCGAAGCACUGCCUUAGAGAACAGCCAUGCUCUAGGAACGCUCAGCCAGCUGCACUUUCUCGUAGGCUUCAAACCAGCGCCCGUCUUGCUGAGUCUGCCCUCCCUGGCUCCGUGUGGAGGCUGGGCCAGGCCCCAGGCAGAGCAGACGAGCUGCACUUCGCUGCACAAACCUUUUUUGGUUUUUACUUCAAGCAACUCGUGUUUCAAGAGCACAUUUUCAGGCGUCUCUGAGAUCCGAGGAAGUGUGGACGAUGUUUUUUCCGUCACCAAACCUUGGGAGCAGCCCCCGCGUGUCCUGAUCCCUGCAGCUCUGCCAAGCCAGAUUGGCUUUUACAAAGAGACUGGUGACAGAGGAGGCUUCCCAGGAUCCUGCUGGUCUGCUGCAGAGGAGAGGGGACGGAUUCCAGUUGGGAAUUGCCAGUGGUCCUGCCGCGGUUCGGUCCAGAGCAGUGCUGUAACUCGGCUCCCAGUGGGAACAGGACCCCAGCUCCCUGUGCUCGCUGAAGAGGCCUCUGGAAUCUGCUGUCUCCCACUGGGGUUUGGAGAUGUCUUGUUUGUUGAUCUGAGCUCCUAAACAAAGUCCCACUCCUUUCAGUCUGCUUUAACUGUAAUAGGACUCCAAAACUGUAAGCUGUAUAUUUUAUAUAUAUAUAUUAUAUAUAUGUAUGUACUGUAUGUAUAAGAAGGGCCUAGUUGGGUCUUAUGAUCUUAAGGGUGUGUUUUUCUGUUGUUUUUUUUAAUGGCUCUGGCAGGGGAAGGCGCUUAAUAAGAUUUGACUCGUUUGUUAAUUGCCUCUUGUGGACAAUUUGUAGUGUAAGGAAGCUGGACAGCAACCUCCACACAUCCCACGCUCCAGAAGGGGCUCACCCCUCGUCUUUUCCAUUUGUCAGUGUUGGAUAACUUUGCCAAAACACGUGAUUUGGUUUUGUCCUGUGUUCUCAAAGAGGAAUCUCCUACAGUGGCCCCUAUAGUAGUGGCUGUACUUUGGGAAAACCAAAACAAGGGAGAACUUGGUCUUUGGACACACCUGGGAGAUGCUGAUGUGAAAACACAAGUGGAGUCAGGUUUGUUUCCUCCUCCCUCUGCCGCCCCUCUGCCUGUGCAGGAAAAGGCAGGAAACAUAAACACUAAUCCAGAACCUCUCCUAUAUUUCUAGUCAGACUAGGAUUGACCUCCAAGUGUUGUCCAGGUGGAUGUGCAGGAAUCCCGCUGCCUCCAUCAAAGCUGUGUUACGCUCCUGGUCCCUAAAAUUCAGUAUUUUCCAAGGAAUUGCUCGUUUUUCCUAGGGGGGGUGUAAAGCUUUUGCCAAAUGGGGCACAGGCAGUGAGGGAGCAGCACUGCUCCCGGGGGGGUUGCACCGCUCCAGGUUUGCUGUCCCUUGUUUUGGGUUACCCCCUUUCUUUAUCAUGGAAAUGUUGCAACUAAUCAACUGAAGUGGCAAUAUGAUGAUAAGCUUGUUUGAGUUGGGUCAUGUUGACCUGAUUCCCAUUAAUUUUGUUGUUGUACCACCUUUCAUGUGUCUUGUGUGUGUGUAUACACACACGCGCACACACACACACGUAUAUAUGUAAAAAUUCAAGCUCGUGCCAGGUGCAAACCCUGUCACACCAGUGAUCUCAGCUGUUUUCUUUCUUGAUGGACGAUGCCAAGCCUGGAGAGGAACCCUGAGGAGGUGGAGGACAGUGGGAAGAGCAGGAGCUGGGAUGUGCCGCGGUGGAGGACGGUGACCACAGACCCUGUGGUGGGUAGUUGCGAACCCCUCGUGUCUCUGUUGGAUCUGUGGCACAGAGGAGGCAGCUUUGUGCCCCACACUGGGCUCCCUGGCACCGCCAUGGGGGGGGUUGGUGGCACUGUCCUGUCCCCAAAGCAGAGGAGCAGCCGUGGUGGCUUCAGAUCUCUUUGCUGACUGUCUCCAGCCGGGUUUGUCGCUCCCACAGCUCCGUGUGGCAGCACUUCUGGGACUAUCCACAGCCUCCAGGGGUGCCCCAUGGGGGACCAGAGGUGCCACCUCCCUCCUGCCCCUUCUCAGUCACCAUCCACAUGGUCACCCAGCUCCCAGCCAGUCCAAGAACACAUGUGGGAGCGUGUUCCUGAAUGUGGCUGGAAGCGCCCAGGGCUCGCGGCCGCGGCAUCGUCCUGUCCUGGAAGUGACUUUCUUGGUGAAGUCUGCUGAGCGUUGAGAGGGGUUUGGUUUGGUUUUUAUAAGAAGUAUUUUACACGUGGAUUUUUUUAGACUGUUUAUAAUUCCCCCUGAGAACCCGAGGUAGGAUUGUCCCCCAGCAAUAGUUCUUCUCCAUUGUGUGCACAUGCUGAUUUGUUACUAAAAAGGUUUCUUGCAAGUACUUAGUUGUUCUACAGAGUUGUUGUUUUUUGGGGUAUGUAGUAGCGUCGGGGAGCACAGGAGGAAUGACUCUACAAGCAAAGGAUGGUCAGAUUUGGGCCUCAUCUUGUGUCCCCUUGGAGUUCCCUGUGUAGAUUCCCUCUAGGCUGGCUGAACGCUGUGCUGAACAGGCCGUGUACAGGUUUUUGUGGAUAAAGUGUUUGUUCUUGUGUCACUCUUGAGAGCAUGGAUGGAUUAUUGUACUCUAGGAAGGAGGGGGCAGUGCUGCUGCAGGCAUUGCUUCAGGUCCUCGAGGAUGUGUCGUAGCUUGCGUUGUUAAAAAAAGGAAAAAAAAAAAAAAAGAAAAUCCCAAAUUGACUUGUAGCCAUAAUGGUUUUUCCAAGGAAAACGGGCAGGACUCUGUUACUUUUCCAUGUCCUUCAUCAUGUUGCUGGUGGCACAAACAGGUGCUGCUCAGCCCUGAAGGCUUCCAGAGUUGCUGUGAGUUGAAUCGUGUUGGAGGUGAGAUCAGGACUCGGCUCCUCGUCGUCCUUGGCCGUCGGAUCCAAGGGCAGAAGAGGGGCCAGGAGCGUUGUCCUGGGUCCUGGUCUGCUGUGUAUUAAGCCUUGAGGCUUUCAUUACUGACAUGUAUUAAAAAAGGAAAAAUUAAAAAAAGAGGAAAGGAAGGAAGGCUGGAGCCAAAGGCCAGCCAGAGUCUGGGAGCCGUAGGUAGCGAGGCCGGCUGCGGUCAGGCUGAAUCCAUGGAAGUGCAAUGACUCUGCCACCCGUGGGAUCGCUGGGUGCAGUGGGAGCAUCAGAACCAGCCAAGCAAUUGAUGCAACAAUCCAGAAGCAGUUUUUUUUGUCAGAUCUUGGAAUGUGUUUGAUGGUGAGAGAGGUUGGAACGUCCCUUCUGGAGGUGCCCGAGUCGCUCUGGUUCCACGGAUUUUCCAUUGGGGAUGCACUGGAGCCCCUUGUGCUCAGAUGAGGCUCCUUUCUGCUCGCCCAGGGGUGAUGCUGUGGCCACUCCUGGUGCACCUUGGACAGGUAUUAGUGCUCAAAAGGAUCCAAAUCACUCGGUGUGGCUUCCCUGGGGCGUGAAAUAGCCAUCAAAAACUGACAAGAUGAGUUUGCACUCCUAAAGAAAAAAUGUAAGUACUUCAACUUCUAGAGAAUUUUUAAUUGUAUUUCUGCCUAGAGCCGAGGUAUUAAAUACCUCGUCACUUGAGGAUUUUAAAAGUUGUGUUGGGACAUGAGUUCUUCACUCAGCUGUAAGAAAUGCAGCUGGCCCAAGACUAACUGCAAGAUUUAAAAAACAAAUAAAAAAAAAAAACAAAACUCAUGUUUGUAAUACGUUACAGGAUUGUUGGUCCUGAAUUUUAAACUUUUUGUUAAAUUUGUGGAACUAUGGAGGAAUUUUCUAGAAAAAGUGAAAUAAAGUAAGAUGGAAAAGUAAAACUUCAA